UAGGGGUGGAAUCACUAGUGAUGGGUAUUCCAAUAUACAAGUAUUAAUGCACAAUGUACAAGUCAUACCCUAUAAAACUCAAAAGUUUCACGCGUGCUGGGUUUAACGCGUUUAAAAUUCCACGCGUUAUUGUUUGAGUGGCGCCGGUGUUAUAACUCGUUUUGGAAAAUUCCACGCGUGAACUUUGUGUAUCACGCUUCCACCCCGUCCCCUCUUAGGUAGUUUUAGAUUAUUACUAUCUCAUACCCAAAAUUUUAUUUUAUUUUAUUUUUUGUGAGCGUUUCUGUGGUGAAGUACCUUCUCCCUCCUUCGUUACCCAAUAAACCCUAAACCACCACCGCCACCACAUGUCUUCCUCCCAAUCCGACGAACCCCAAAACCCAUCACCCGAUCCCACAACCAAAACCCCAGAUCAAGAAUCCACAGACCCGUCUCCAACAAACGAGAAUAAUCAAGAACACGAAGAAGAAGAAGGAGAAUGUGGGUUUUGUUUGUUCAUGAAAGGAGGCGGGUGCAAAGAAGUGUUCAUCAACUGGGAAAACUGCAUCGUAGAAGGCGAGAUAAACAAGGAGAAUAUAGUGGAUAAAUGUUUCGAUGUUACUUCCGCUUUGAAGAAAUGUAUGGAGGCCCAUUCAGAUUAUUAUGCUCCUAUUUUGCAGGCCGAGAAGGCGGCCGAACAUGAAGCUAUUAACCAGUUGAAUAAGGAGAAAGAGGCGCUUGCAGCGGUGCCGGUGGCCGGAGCAUCGGAUUCAGGGGCGGAAGAACAGAAACCAACCGGCGACUUCUUGAACAAAUUGAAGAAUUUUUUGCGUUGAUCAGUGAAAAUGUUGU